AUGCCAUUCUGUUCGGUAUCAAUCACAUUCCGUAAUUCAUCUAUCUAUCUAUCUAUCUAUCUAUCUAUCUAUCUAUCUAUUUCAGUCGCUUCAAUAUUCAUCUAUCUAUCUAUCUAUCUAUCUAUCUAUCUAUCUAUCUAUCUAUCUAUCUUUUUUUGUAUUACUUUCUCUUCCAUUAUCUAUCUAUCUAUCUAUCUAUCUAUCUAUCUAUCUAUCUAUCUAUCUAUCUCAUUCCCUUCAACAUCUAUCUAUCUAUCUAUCUAUCUAUCUAUCUAUCUAUCUAUCUAUCUAUCCCUUUCGUUCUGUUCAUGUUUAUCUAUCUCUAAAACAUUAUUUUCGGUAUCUAUCUAUCUAUCUAUCUAUCUAUCUAUCUAUCUAUCUAUCUUUUUUGUAUUACUUUCUCUUCCAUUAUCUAUCUAUCUAUCCUGCUAUCUCUCUUUUAUGAAUUCCUUUCUCUUCAAUAUCUAUCUAUCUAUCUAUCUAUCUAUCUAUGCCAUUCUGUUCGUCGCUUCAAUAUCUAUCUAUCUAUCUAUCUAUCUAUCUAUCUAUCUAUAUAUCUAUCUUUUUUUGUAUUACUUUCUCUUCCAUUAUCUAUCUAUCUAUCUAUCUCAUUCCCUUCAACAUCUAUCUAUCUAUCUAUCUAUCUAUCUCAUUCUGUUCGGUAUCUAUCUAUCUAUCUAUCUAUCUAUCUAUCUAUUUCAGUCGCUUCAAUAUCUAUCUAUCUAUCUAUCUUUUUUGUAUUACUUUCUCUUCCAUUAUCUAUCUAUCUAUCUAUCUAUGCUUCUAUCUAUCUUUUUUGAAUUCUUUUCUCUUCAAUAUCUAUCUAUCUAUCUAUCUAUCUAUCUAUCUAUCUAUUUAUGUCAUUCUGUUUGGUAUCAACCACAUUCCGUAAUCUAUCUAUCUAUCUAUCUAUCUAUCUAUCUAUCUUAA